AUGAACCUGGACCCUCACAUGGAUGAUACUCAGUGUGAACAACUCGCAUCAGAACUGAAGUCCAACCCGUUUGCUUUUAAACAUCUGGAUCUGAGAGGAAACUCUGUGAAGCAGUCUGGAGCAGAGCUGCUGUUUGCUGCACUGGAGAGUCCAAAGUGUAAACUGAGGACCCUGAGACUGAGGGACUGUGUCCUGUCAGAGAGAAGCUGGGCCUCUCUGGCCUCAGCUCUUAAGGUGAACCCUUCCUACCUGAGAGAGCUGGACCUGAGUGGAAACAAGUACCUGACGGAAUCAGGAGUGAAGCUGCUGUCUGAUGGACUGAAAGAACUUGCUGGCUGUGAAUUGACAGAGAGCAGCUGUGCUUCUCUGGUCUCAGGACUUGAGUCCAGCUGCUACUUUCUUAAAGAGCUGGACCUGAGUGGAAACUGUCUGCAGGAUUCAGGAGUGAAGCUGCUGUGUGCUGGACUGAAGAGUAAACACUGCAGUCUGGAGAUUCUGAGACUUGUUGGCUGUGAAUUGACAGAGAGCAGCUGUGCUUCUCUGGUCUCAGGACUUGAGUCAAGCCGCUACUCUCUUACAGAGCUGGACCUGAGUGGAAACUGUCUGCAGGAUUCAGGAGUGAAGCUGCUGUGUGCUGGAUUCAAGCACCAAUACUUGUUCUUUACAACUCUGAGAUUAAGUUCUUGCAGCUUGUCAGAGAAGAGCUGUGAAUCUCUGGUCUCAGCUCUGGAUCGUACCGUUUCAAUCUUGAAAGUGCUGGAUCUGAGUCUCAACCAGCUUUGGGAUUCAGGAAUAAAGGUGCUGUCUGCUGGACUGAGGAGUCCUCACUGUAAACUGAAGACUCUGAGGUUGAAACAGUGUCUGUUCUCAGAUGAAGGUUGUGCUUCUCUGGUCUCUGCUCUGAAAUCCAAUCCCUAUGAUCUGACUGAGCUGGACCUGAGUGGAAAUAAGCUGCGAACUGAAGGAAUGAACCUGCUCUCUGAAUUUGUGAAGAGUCCACACUGUAACACUGCAAACUCUGAGCCACAGUUACGCACCAAAAACAUGCUGAGUGAGUAGCAACAAGUAAGAAUAGAGACGACAGCUCAGACUCUGGUUAGUGAGUUACCUGUUACCUGACGUUACCAUCCACAUCAUCUUCACACAUCACAGAAAAUACAGCCUGUAACAAAAGACUGUACUUCAUGGAGGUUUGACAAAUUAAUCACCUUGAGUUUUAACUCUCUUUAAUUCAUAUCCACAGAGUGGACUAUGGACGAAAACUUGAUAACAGCGGAGACCUCUGCAAGACGUGAGUAUUGACAAUAUGGUCCUCAUUUAUCCAGAUGUUACAGUGGCCCUGAGAAGAAAACAUGC